GCCGGUGAGCGCACUUUUCUCGCCUAUGUCAGAACGAGUUUAGGGAUGGCGUCCUCCGGUAAACGAAGGCCAUCUCUCAACCGCUUGGGGCUACUAUCAUUUUCAUGGCAAUCAUCCUAUCUCUCGGCAAUCAUCCUAUCUCUCGGUCAACUCAAUCUGAUCGGCUGCUCACCUUUGUUGAUCAUAGGCACCCGGCGACAUUUCGCCAUUCAGACAGCUCUGCCGCGGGGCCAAUUCCCCAUUUCAAGAUUCAUAAUAGCGAUUGUGGGUUUUAUGAUUGGGUCUGUCAUAACGGCGACUUUUGGCAUGUUACUAGCAGAUCGAAUUCGGGGAUCCUAA